AUGUCGACAAUCUAUAAUCUUGAGCCGCAGCCGACGGCCUCGGCAAUCAUCCACACGACCUUGGGAGAGAUCCUCGUUGAGCUUUUCGCCAAACAGACACCGUUGACGUGUCGCAAUUUUCUGCAACACAGUCUCGACGGGUACUACGAUGGCACAAUCUUCCACAGACUGGUCCCCGGCUUCAUUUUGCAAGCGGGGGAUCCUACGGGCACCGGAAAUGGCGGCGAAUCCAUCUACGACGGCGGUGCCUUCGGCGGCGACUUGGACCCGUGGCCCAUGGAUGAGCGCAGAGGCAAAAACGCAGGUCCUACAGGCGUGAACUUCAAAGACGAGUUUCAUUCGCGUCUCAAGUUCAACCGGAGGGGUCUGUUGGGCAUGGCCAACGAAAGUCGUGCGGAUACAAACGGUAGCCAGUUCUUCUUCACACUCGAUAAAGCCGAGGAGUUGAAUGGGAAGAAUACGCUGUUUGGACGGGUCGCGGGUGAUACGAUAUAUAAUUUGGCCAAGAUUGGCGAGUCCGAGGUGGACGCAGCGACUGAAAGACCGCUGUACCCGGUAAGGAUUGAGAGGGUGGAGAUAUUGGUGAAUCCGUUUGAGGACAUGAAGAAGAGAUGGAGGGUUGCGACACAGGCUGUGCAGAAACCAGCGGAGGCGGAUAGACCAAAGAAGAAGAAGAGAAAAGCAGGGAACCAACUGCUCAGCUUUGGAGAUGAGGAGGGGGGAGAGGAGGAGCAAGGUCUGGCGUUUAAGAGGGCCAGGUUUGAUACAAGGCUGAUUGCACGGGAAGAGGAGCCGGACGAGCGGCCAAAGGAUGAAAGGGCCGCCAAGAGGAAAUCGCCCAAGGAGGACAAGAAGAAGCAGCAUACGGUACGGGCGGAGCAUUACGAUGAGGAACGACGUGCUUCAAACCAGGAGAGUGUCAAACUACGUAGCGAAGCGGAAGCGGGAGGCAGAGAUGAGGCCGAGGAGCUGUCAGACGAGCCAGAACCGCCAACGAAGACAGCUCUCCAGAAAGCCAACGAAGAGCUGGCAGCUUUAAAGGCCUCGAUGCGGCGAACCAUUCACUCAGAGAAGCCGGCAGAAGACACAAAGAAGAAGUCUGCCCUCGAGUCCAUGAUACCGGAGUCAUCGAUGCGAGCGAGAAAACGACGACCAGGAGGCAACAACAGCAGCGCCAACGACGACGAAGCGGCCAUGCGUUUAUUACGUGCGUUUCAGUCGAGGCUGGACAAGGCUCCGCCGGAGAAGCAAAUUCAGGGAUCGGCAGAAAAGGGAGACGAGGACUCUGGCAGCGGGGAAACGGCUGGCGCAGGCGACGAAGCAGAGCUCUGCGAUCUACACUUUAUUGCCAGCUGCCAGAGCUGCACGGCUUGGGACAAGCAGGACAAGGAGGAGAGCGACGAUGAGGGCUGGAUGUCACACUCGCUGUCGUUUGCGGCAGACAAGCUUGGUAAAGACUUGAGCAACAGGAAGAAGGCGGAGGAGGAACUGGUGGUUAUUGAUCCUCGGGAAAAAGCCCGUACGCUCAAAGAGGGCAAACGAGCUGAACGGGAAACCAAGGUGAGCGGAUCGAGGGCCUGGGACCAGGCCCAGGCGAGGGACCAGGCUCGCAAUGCCAAGUUGACAAAGGCCAGUUCACUUGCGGGGAGGGCAAGUAGCCUCGUGGCCAGGCGCUACUUCACGGCCCCCAUGUCGGCGUCGAAUUCGAGGAAGCGAGCGGCGCCAGGCGCGUCGCCGGUGAUGAACUAUCCGCAGCGUAUGCAGCAGCCGUUUGCGGCAGACAAUGCCGUCCAGGACAGCAUGCUCAGAUGGAAAGACGACGGUGCCGAACUUGUCGACGCCGCGAAUGCCUAUGGCCUGAUGCCCUCGCAGCCUCAGUAUGCCGAAGCUCCAGCGUCAUCCAACAGCCUUGCGCGACGCGAUGUGAACCAAGCUCUGAUUCCCACGCACAGCCGAAACUUUGACGCUUCGGUUGAGCCGUGGGCAGGCUUUGGCGACGCCAACAGCCUGUUGCCGCAGAACGGCGAGGGGGGCUUGAUUGAGCAGGACAACAUCGAGGCCUUGGAGGAGAUGGCGCAGAAGGCCAAGCGGGAGGCUCAGGCUAAGCGGAAGGGGAUCCCGCCGUUUGUGCAAAAACUCAGCAGCUUCUUGGAGGAACGCAAAAACGAACACUUCAUUCGCUGGUCAGAAAAGGGAGACUCGUUCAUUGUUCUUGACGAGGACGAAUUCGCCAAGACUUUGAUUCCCGAGCUGUUCAAGCACAACAACUACGCCUCAUUCGUUCGACAACUCAACAUGUAUGGCUUCCACAAGCGCGUCGGCCUGUCGGACAACUCCAUGAGAGCGAGCGAGCGCAAAAACAAGAGCCCCAGCGAGUACCACAAUCCGUUCUUCCGCCGGGGCCACCCCAACCUGCUGUGGCUCAUCAACAAGCCCAAGAGCAGGGCCACCGCCAAGAAGUCUUCCACCAAGAACGAGGGCGGCGAGAUGGACAGCGACGAAGACCAGAUUCAGGAUGAGGUCGUCGCGCAAAACACGCCGGCCGGAUCCAACGUGGCUGCUGGGCGGUCGCUGCCGUCAGCCCCCACGACAUCAUCAGCCGAGCCGCAGGGCUUGCCCAAGAAAGAAAUGACCUUGAUCCGAGAGGAGCUCAACAAGGUCCGGGAACAGCAGAAAAUGAUUCACAAGGCCAUCAACCAGCUGCAACACAACAACAACGAACUGUACAACCAGGCCCUCAUGUUCCAGUCGCAACACGACCGGCACCAAAACUCCAUCAAUGCCAUUCUCAACUUCCUCGCCAACGUCUUCAGGAAGACUCUGGAGGACCAAGGCAACACACAGAGCGUUGGCGACAUUCUCUCGAGCAUGAUAACCAACCAGGGCCAGCCAUCCCACCAAGGCAGCGUGGUCGACCUGGGCGACUUUUUCCAGACACAAAUGGAUCCCCUCUCCAACAUGGGCGGUCCUCACAAGCGAACCCGCGGCCUCUUGCCGCCCAUCCCCAACCAGCAGCCCGACGCUUCCGCGGCUGCCCGGCCGCCAUCAUCAACAAGCCCAGCGCCGUACUACCCUGCCGGCAACGCCAGUCCCGAAAUGGGCCACGUCACCGAGCUGGUCGACGGCUCCGAUGGGCUUCCGAGCCUCAGACAGCAACUCGAGUCCAACCCGCACGAACGCAUGAUGAAGAUCAUCAACGACCACAACGCCACCAACACGUCUGGCAUGGAUCUCCCCGAGGCCACGGAGCUCGUCGCCAACGCGCCCAACACUCUGAACAAGGACCAGAGGAGCAAGUUUGUCGACUUCAUGGCCGGACAGACCACGUCGCCCCCGUCAUCACAGCCGCCGUCGGCAUCCACGACCGCGAAGCCCACGCCCACGCCCGUCCCUGCGCGUCCCGCCAAGGCCAGCGUCUCCCCGUCACCGUCACCAGUGCCCCCCCCCUCUCCCGUCAUGCGCUCACCACAGAUGGCACCCCCAUCCUUGAACGAAAUCAGCACCAACCAAAUCGACCUCGACCAGCUGCAACGCCUGCAAUCCGAUCAGGACGCCAAGAUUCACGAGCUCACGGAAAUGCUGGGCCCGCUGAGCCCGUCGGGUCGUAUACCGGGCUUGGACGACGGCACCGAAGCGUACUUUGAUCCGCCAAACGUCGACCUGGACCAAUAUCUGGACAGCAACGCGUUUCUGGACGAUGCUCACUUCGGCGACGGCAAUGACUUCAAUUUCAACCUCGACGGGGCCGCGGAUGUCGUCAAGAACGGGCAACACAGUCCCACGGGCACCGAGGAAAUUCAGAGAGACGAUUGCGACACUGCGCAAGGGGAGGCGAAUAAAAAGCAAAGAGUAGCCUAG